AUGCAAUCCUUCGACAAGCUCCACAUCCCUACCGCUGCUCCCACCCACAUCCCUUCGCCGAGUCUGUCUGAGAGGGAACCAGACCCUUUCCCUCUCCUCACCCCACCCCCUUUCUUUUCCAGUUUCCACUCUUCUUCCUUCAUCCAAGUAGGCUUAAAUUCGUCAUUAAAUUCUUCUUUUUCUCCUCCUCUUUCUGGUCAUUUUCUUGUUUCCCUUUUCUUAUUCCGUUUUCUCCUCCUCCUCCUCCUCUCCUCUUCUUCUUCCUCCUCUCCUCUUCUUCUUCCUCCUCUCCUCUUCUUCUUCCUCCUCUCCUCUUCUUCUUCCUCCCCUCCUCUUCUUCUUCCUCCUCUCCUCUUCUUCUUCCUCUUCUUCCUCUUCUUCUUCCUCUUCCUUCCUCUUCUUCUCCUUCUCCUCUCCUCUUCCUCCUCCUCCUCUCCUCUUCCUCCUCUUCCUCCUCCUUCCUCCUCUCCCUUCCUCCUCCUUCCUUCCUCUCCUCUUCCUCCUCCUUCCUCUUCCUCUCUUCCUCCUCCUUCCUUCCUCUUCCUCUUCUUCCUCCUCCUCCUUCCUUUUCUUCCUCCUCCUCCUUCCUCUUCCUCUCCUUCCUCUUCCUCUUCCUCUCCUUCCUCUUCCUCCUUUACUCCUAGGAAGGUGAUUUUCUCUAUCUCUCUUUCUCUCUCUUUUUUUUUCUCUCUUUUCUCUUUUCUCUCUUUUUCUCUUUCUUUCUUUCUCUUUUCUUUUCUUUCUCUCUUUCUCUUUUCUUUUCUCUUUCUCUUUUCUUUCUCUCUUUUCUUUUUUUUUUCUCUUUUCUUUUUCUUUCUCUUUCUUUUUUUCUUUCUUUUCUUUCUCUCUUUUCUUUCUCUCUUUUUCUUUUCUCUUUUCUUUCUCUCUUUUCUUUUCUCUUUUUCUUUCUCUCUUUUCUUUCUCUCUUUUUCUCUUCUCUUUUUCUCUCUCUCUUUUUCUCUCUCUUUUUUCUCUCUCUUUCUCUCUUCUCUUUUCUUUCUCUCUCUUUUCUUUCACUAUUUUCUUUCUCUCUCUUUUCUCUCUCUCUCUUUUCUCUCUCUCUUUUCUCUCUCUCUCUUUUCUCUCUCUCUUUUCUCUCUCUCUCUUUUCUCUCUCUCUCUUUCUCUCUCUCUCUUUCUCUCUUUCUCUCUCUCUCUCUCUCUUUUCUCUCUCUCUCUCUCUCUCUCUCUCUCUCUUUCUCUCUCUCUCUCUGGACCACUCUGCCUAAGAUUUCCUACCGCCUGUAGCGACCACUCCUACCCCAUUGAUCCAUGUCCUCAUCUCACUGUCUCCGACGUGUUUACCAUGCAUCAGCCACUAAAUCUCUCUCUCUCUUUUGUCCAUUACCCAUCUUGCCCGCCCCCUGUGCCUAUGGUCUUUUGCUUGAUUCUCAUUAACCCCGUCACGUCCUGCCGAUCUCUUCUCCUGCAAAAAGAUGGAAUACUUCCAAUUCACCUUUUUGUGCACUCAUCAGUUCUUCUUCUCUGGCGCUGCUGGGGUGGGGGUGUCGAGUUAUUAAAUACCAGAAAAAAAUCGUCAUUAUCAUGGACGAAGUACCCAGACUCAGACACAGGUGAUGGGUGGUUACUUGGUAGCAGCAGUUAUUUAGGUGAGACUGUUCAGGCCUAUUCCUCGUGUUAUGUGACCUUUAUGAAUAUUAACAACUGGCUGAGGACACCGUACAUAGAUCGAGGUGAUGCCAAGAGUCUGCACAUAGAGAUGAGUUUCACGAUGCGCAAAUGCAUUCGGCACAAUGACCCCAGUAGUCUACAACAAUGCAAGGAAACGUUUAAUCUCUAUUAUUACGAAGCAGAAUCUGAUUUUGCAAAUAAUCACAUGCCGACGUGGGAUCCACAGGUGUACACCAAGAUUGACACAAUCGCCGCUGAUAGCCUCUACGUGCAGCCAACGGAUGUUGUGGUCAACAUGGAAACGAAACAUGUUACGAUAAAGCGUAAAGGUGUCUACUUCGCCUUCCAAGACACCGGUGCGUGCAUCACACUGCUCUCUGUUCGUAUCUAUUACGUAACAUGUCCGAAUAUCACAAUCAACUAUGCAUUUUUCAUGGAGACCCCAACUGGUGACCGACCUUCAUCACUUGUGCAGAAGCAAGGAGAGUGUGUGCCCAACGCUGUUGAGGAAACUAAACCUACUUACCUGUGCCGCAGUGACGGAACAUGGGACAUAGCUUUUCUUCUUUUUUUUUUACUUUCUUUUCUUCUCCUUUUUUUACUUUCUUUUCUUCUUUUUUUUUUUUACUUUCUUUUCUUCUCCUUUUUUUCACUUUUUUUUUUUACUUUCUUUUCUUCUCCUUUUUUUUACUUUCUUUUCUUCUCCUUUUUUUACUUUCUUUUCUUCUCCUUUUUUUACUUUCUUUUCUUCUCCUUUUUUUUACUUUCUUUUCUUCUCCUUUUUUUUACUUUCUUUUCUUCUCCUUUUUUUUACUUUCUUUUCUUCUCCUUUUUUUUACUUUUCUUCUCUUUUUUUUUUUACUUUUCUUCUCCUUUUUUUACUUUUCUUUCUUUUUACUUUUUUCUCCUUUUUUUCUUCUCCUUUUUUACUUUUCUUCUCCUUUUUUACUUUCAUUUCUUUUUUUUUUACUUUCUUUUCUUUCCUUUUUUUUUUUCUUUUCUUCUCCUUUUUUUACUUUCUUUUCUUCUCCUUUUUUUUCUUUUCUUCUCCUUUUUUUACUUUCUUUUCUUCUCCUUUUUUUUACUUUCUUUUCUUCUCCUUUUUUUUACUUUCUUUUCUUCUCCUUUUUUUUUUUACUUUUCUUCUUUUUUUUACUUUCUUUUCUUCUCCUUUUUUACUUUCUUUUUUCUCCUUUUUUACUUUCUUUUCUUUUUUUUUUUUACUUUCUUUUUUUUUUUCUUUUCUUCCUCCUUUUUUUACUUUCUUUUCUUCUUUUUUUACUUUCUUUUUCUUCUCCUUUUUUUUUUCUUUUCUUCUCCUUUUUUUUACUUUCUUUUCUUCUCCUUUUUUUACUUUCUUUUCUUCUCCUUUUUUACUUUCUUUUCUUCUCCUUUUUUUACUUUCUUUUUUCUCCUUUUUUUACUUUCUUUUCUUCUCCUUUUUUUUUUCUUUUCUUUCCUUUUUUUUUACUUUCUUUUUUCUCCUUUUUUACUUUUUCUUCUCCUUUUUUUUUUUUCUUUUUUUUUUUUCUCCUUUUUUUCUUUUCUUCUCCUUUUUUUUACUUUCUUUUCUUCUCCUUUUUUUACUUUCUUUUUCUUCUCCUUUUUUUUUACUUUCUUUUCUUCUCCUUUUUUUACUUUCUUUUCUUCUCCUUUUUUUUUUACUUUCUUUUCUUCUCCUUUUUUUUUUUUCUUUUCUUCUCCUUUUUUUACAUUUUUCUUUUCUUCUCCUUUUUUUACUUUUCUUUUCUUCUCCUUUUUUUACUUUCUUUUCUUCUCCUUUUUUUACUUUCUUUUCUUCUUUUUUUUUACUUUCUUUUUUCUCCUUUUUUUUUUUCUUUUCUUCUCCUUUUUUACUUUCUUUUCUUCUCCUUUUUUUUUUUCUUUUCUUCUCCUUUUUUUUUUUUCUUUUUCUUCUCCUUUUUUCUUUUUCUCCUUUUUUACUUUCUUUUUCUUCUCCUUUUUUUUUCUUUUUUUUCUUCCUUUUUUUACUUUUUUUUCUUCUCCUUUUUUUUACUUUCUUUUCUUCUCCUUUUUUUUUACUUUCUUUUCUUCUCCUUUUUUACUUUCUUUUCUUCUCCUUUUUUUUUUACUUUCUUUUCUUCUCCUUUUUUUACUUUCUUUUCUUCUUUUUUUUUUUCUUUUCUCCUUUUUUUUUACUUUUCUUUUCUUCUUUUUUUUUUUACUUUUCUUUUCUUCUCCUUUUUUUUACUUUCUUUUCUUCUCCUUUUUUUUUACUUUUUCUUUUCUUCUCUUUUUUUUUUUUUCUUUUUUUCCUUUUUUUUUACUUUUUUUUUUUCUUUUUUUUUUCUUUCCUUUUUUUUUACUUUCUUUUCUUCUCCUUUUUUUUUUUUUUUUUUUUUUUUUUCGCGAUUUCUUCAAUGUUUGGUCGAAUGUGCAAACCAUCAUUUCUUCCUCAGUUGAGUGUAAUUUUGAUGCUAUUUAG